CUCUCUCUCUACUACUACUCAAAACUGAACUCUAAAGAGUGAUAAAUCCCCGUAAUCUUUAAGAAAGUGAAAUAGUGAUGAUGAUGUUGUAUAGAAAUUUAUGCAAGAAAAGUGUUGAAUCUACAAAGAAUUAUCAAAGAUUACUACUUUGUAAUUCUUAUUCUUCUUCAAUUUCGACUCCGGUUAUUCCACCUUUUGAUUAUGAACCUAAAACAUAUACUGGUCCAUCAGCUGAUGAAGUCUUUCAGAAAAGAAAGAAAUUUCUAGGUCCAUCUCUCUUUCAUUACUAUGAGAAGCCUUUAAAUAUAGUCGAAGGCAAGAUGCAAUAUCUCUUUGAUGACAAUGGAAGGCGUUAUCUAGAUGCAUUUGCUGGGAUUGUUACUGUUUCCUGUGGACACUGCCAUCCAGAUAUUGUCAAUGCAGUGGUUGAACAAACAAAGUUGCUACAGCAUGCAACCACAAUUUACCUGCACCAUCAAAUUGCUGAUUUUGCAGAGGCUUUAGCCUCAAAAAUGCCGGGGAACCUGAAGGUUGUAUAUUUUGUCAACUCGGGAACGGAAGCAAAUGAGUUAGCCAUGUUGAUGGCCAGAUUAUAUAGUGGUAAUCUUGGUAUGAUUGCCUUAAGAAAUGCAUAUCAUGGUGGAAGUUCUAACACUAUUGGCUUGACGGCUCUGAAUACCUGGAAGUACAACAUCCCCCAGGGGGAAAUUCAUCAUGUUAUGAACCCAGAUCCCUAUCGUGGGGCCUUUGGUGCUGAUACCAGUCGCUAUGUCAAAGAUGUACAAGAUCACAUUGAUUUUGGUACAUCUGGUAAAGUGGCAGGUUUUAUCGCGGAAACUAUCCAGGGAGUUGGAGGAACAGUUGAGUUGGCCCCUGGAUACUUAAAGCAAGUAUACGAUGUGGUACAUAAAGCAGGUGGGGUGUGUAUAGCUGAUGAAGUCCAAACAGGAUUUGGCCGUACUGGAAGCCAUUACUGGGGUUUUGAGACACAAGGUGUCAUUCCUGACAUUGUUACUAUGGCCAAGGGUAUAGGAAAUGGUUUACCAUUAGGAGCGGUUGUGACAACACCAGAAAUAGCAAGUGUAAUGGCUCAAAAAAUCCAGUUCAACACAUUUGGUGGCAACCCUGUAUGUUCGGCUGGUGGGCUUGCCGUUCUCAGAGUCCUUGAUAAGGAAAAGCGUCAAGCACAUUGUGCUGAUAUUGGCUCCCACUUAACAGAGCGUUUGAAAGCUCUUCAGCAGAGAUACGACUUAAUUGGAGAUAUCAGAGGUAGGGGAUUAAUGUUGGGGGUAGAACUAGUAACUGACAGAAAAGAGAAAACACCUGCCAAAGUAGAAACUGCUGUGCUGUUUGAGAAACUCCGAGAGCUCGGUGUUCUGGUCGGAAAAGGAGGCCUACAUGGAAAUGUCUUCAGAAUAAAACCACCUAUGUGUUUCUCCAAGGACGAUGCAGAUUUUCUGGUGGAUGCAUUGGACUACUCCCUAUCAAAGUUAUAAGGAUGUGACUGAAGUUUCAAGAGAUAAGAAAAGAGGGAUGUAGCUUGCAUAACACCAGAAUGUUGGGAUACUUACAAAUGAAUACACAAUUCUUCCUUGUAGUUUCAAAUGCUAAUUUCAGGAAAUGGAAGUGAAAACGAAAAGGAUAGAAAUCUGUGUAAAUUUGAGUUGGUCCUGGAACUUUUUUAAACAGAUUAUUGCAUCUUCUUUUUCUUUUAAAUGUGCAGUUCUUUGUACAAAGGCAUACCUAAUGGGUUUUGAUAGACCCUUUUAAAAAGGCUUUUCUGAAAGUCUGUCCAAACUUUCAAUGUGAUUCAGAAAUAUAGCUCUAGUAUGUCAAGAA